AGCCUCCAAGACACAGCCUGAGGAAAUUCUGCGGGAGGUAAGUGCUUGCUGUGGAUAUAGUCAAUGCCUAGAGAGAGGCAAGCUAAUGUAUUAAUAUGGUAGUCAGAGGGAGGGGACAGUUAGAGAAAAACUGCUAAGUUUUUUCAAGAGCAUUAAGAGUCACACUCAGAAAAUCCCUGUGAUUAGUGAAAGAGGGAAAGAAUGAAACUAGUGGAGGCAGUCAAACAAUCCAGUUCUGAGAGCUAGAAUAGUUUGAGAGCUUAGUAAACUGGUUAGGAAUACUAGCUUUGUUGAAGGGAUGUUCUAUGAACCAAAAAGGUUGUUGGCAUUUAAUCAAAUCAGUGACCCUGGCUCACAUGGAACACCUGUGGUGCACAGCACAGGUCCGAUGGCUAUGGAAAACCAACACAUUGAAAAGCUAACAUCCCAUGGUAUUUCAGGCAACAGGUGCUGAAACCACCGAUUGAAAGUUGCAAUAAAGGAAUUGGUGGUGGUAUUGCUGUGGAAAGGAUAGCCAAGUUAUAUAGUUAAAAAAGGUAAAGGCAGAUGCAUACUGAUGUUUGCGUGUGUCUUUGUUUGUUUGUUUGUGAAGGAGGGGAUUUUGAAAAGUGGGAGCCAGUUGGCUCUUCAUGCUAUAGCCUGAUUAAUGGCGUACUGUGAAUUAGGAGAUGGCUCCUGGGUUGCUGUUCCUCUAGCAUAAGAGUGGGAUGCAACAGGCCAUGGACCUUGGUGUAGUGUUAUGUCCGAUAUAUAUAUUGUGGUUUGUUUUGCUCAGUUAAACCCUGAUUGGGAAGCCAAGAACAAACUUUGAAUUCAGAUGAGAAACCACAAUCCAUAGUUUGGAUGUAGUGCUAAGUCAAGGGUCAUUCUUUGUUGCUGCUGCUAGGGGAGGAGUAAAGCCAUUAGCUAUGUUGUUCAGUCCCUGCUCCUGCCAACCUAGCAGUUUAAAAGCACAUCAAAGUGCAAGUAGAUAAAUAGGUACCGCUCCGGCGGUAAGGUAAACAGCGUUUCCAUGCGCUACUCUGGUUUUGCCAGAAGUGGCUUAGUCAUGCUGGCCACAUGACCCGGAAGCUGUCUGCGGACAAACGCCGGCUCCCUCAGCCAGUAAAGCGAGAUGAGCACGGCAACCCCAGAGUCAUCCGCAACUGGACUUAACGGUCAGGGGAACUUUACCCUUUUUUACCUGUAAUGUAAGCCAUUAAUGAUGGCUAAUGAUGGCUAAAUGUGACCCUUAAACAAGGCCUGCGUGUGUGAUGCUUUGACUACACCCACAUGCUCAGGACUGGAGAUGGAACAAUCUGCCCAUUUCAGAUCUCUGUUUCUCCUUUUCCCAGUCUUGGAUUCAGUUCUCCACAUUUCUACAGCAACCCGCAAAUUUUAUUUUUAAAAGUCCUCAUGAAAAUUCUUCAACAAUUUUGGGUGAAUUUCUUCUGAUAAACAUGUUUGUAUGCAGUUUUGACCAACCUACACAUUUUUGCAGGCAAUUCCUCCUACUACAAAGCAUUUUUGUAUGUUAUCAUCACCAAUGUAUUCCCUUGUUUGCACGUUUGUCUCCAAUCUCAUACCCUCCAACAUUUAUCUGAUGAAAACAGGAACAUCCUAAGGAAAAGUGGGAAAUUCUGGAAUCAAAUCAGAAACCGAGAUGGCUUCUCUAAAUCAGGAAUGUCUCUGGAAAAUAGGGACACUUGGAGGGUCUGCAAUCUAUGGUUUUUUGGUUGGAGAGCUUUAUCACAAAAUUCAAAUAGGUUUUUGCUCCCCUGUGUUUUUAGAAAGUGCAAAUCUGAUAGAUUCGGCUUUAAAUGCAAACUGAAUUGAAUUACUCCCCCUUGCCUACUCAGGACUCCAAUGCACAAGCCUGCUCUUGCUGCUACUACAACUUCUGUGCAGUUAUUUGGUGCCAACAGUUUGCUAAGUGCAGCCUUUUAAAUUAAGACAUAGAAUAAAUUAGAGCCGGUGAGGGGGUGGGAAAUGCAGUUUUAUUUUUAUGGGGGGAAGACAUUUAAAUGCUGUCUCUGAAAGAACUUGAGGAGAGAUGAUUUGCAAAAUGUCAGUGUUGGAAAAGUCCAACUCUCAAACGCUAGAGAUAGUUAAGAAAAUGUUUCGUGAAGGCAGAGGGCUUCAAAGAUGCAAAUAGACCAAGGGGAUGGUGGAACAUCAAAGACACAAAUACAGCAAGCCCCUUUUCUACUUUAGACAAGUGGGCCUCCAUGUCAUGGCACUUUUUGCAAAUGACACUUGAGCCUUUAAAUCCCAGAGGGGUAGUAAAAUAAGAGGGUAGUCCAGACAUGUCUCCAGAAGAGGUGAGAAAGUACAACGCCUACAGAGGGUCUCUCAGCAUCCGGGAGUAUCCAUGGGCAAUAUUAUGGAAUGACACCUCCACAGUGCCAGAUGGCUUGGCAACCAGCACUAGUGAAUAUAUUUUUGUCCAAAUACUGGGCUCACACCAGCAUCCCCUUACCAUGCCUUCACAUGUCCAAAUGGAUUGCUUCACUAUUCUGUUCUGUGAACAGCAAAACAGCCUCUGAGUUAGUUACCUCAUAUGAAAAUGGCUGAUCUCCCUGAAUGCUCAAAAGUCAUGGGAGAAGAACUGCCUUGUCCUUUCCUAAAUAAACUCUUGGCAGGCAGAGUCCGACAAAACAUGGGGAGUCCAUUGGGAAAGCUGAGUUAUUUAGACUGUGUGUGUAAUCCUAGAACUAGUUCACAUCACAAGACAUUGCCUUGCGAAUAUAAGAGUCCCUUAGAGGAGGCAAUGGAAGGGUCAAGACGAGCACAAGAGGGGGAGCUUUCUUCAGAGUCCCAGCCAAGCCACAGAAAUAAACAAGUCUCCCACUACAGUAAUAUGGAAGAGUGGGUGUCAGGAUAUAUGUCGUAGAGUUUAAAGAGGAAAGUGUGGAGGACUAAGUGGGGUCAGGACAGGCCUUCAAGUUGUUGUCACCCAAGUGAGGCAAGGAAGCAGAAAAUCUUGAGGAGGUCUGAGGCCUACACAACUGGCUGCUAGGCAAGAAUUGUCCAAUUGCACACUUAUGUGUGUUUCCUAGAAGUUCAGGCUCAUGAAGCACAAUGCACUGCUUCCCUAGCUUCAGGAAAGGACUAAGUUUUGGUUUCAGCUGCAUUCAGUUUCAUCAGGAGAGUGCUAAUACUGGGAAAGACGAGCUACGACAGAGCCUGUUGAAGGACAAUAGUACAGGCAACUGUUCGUUUGCUCUGCUAAUCUCCAGUUAUAUCACUGUCAUGGAGCACUGCAUUUUUUUGGGAUUGGGACAGGUUAGGCACAUAGCUGUCAACUUUCGGAUUUGAAAAUAAGGGAUCAGCAGCCUCACCUGUCCCGGGGACAGUCUACGGGAUAUCUAAACAUCCAGGAUAGCAGCAGAAAGCAGCAGGAAACGGCACUGGAAUAAAGGAAUUUCCCACCAAAAAAAGGGAAGGUUGACAGCUACGGUUAGGCAAUCUUUGCACGCAGCAGGUUUUACACAGAGGCCCACCUUGGUGGGAAAGAUUGUUAGGAAACAAAAUGAUCACAUCAGGGUGUGGACACCUUAAGGUUCUUCACGUGUCAGCACAUGACUGAUCUAGGCUUGCAACAUUUCACCCCAAUCUAGCCUGGUUGCCCUCUCAGGUCACUGAUUUGCAGCCUUCUCACACCUGAAGCCACACUGUAUGAAAGUCUAUUUCUCAUCCAGCUAAGAACAGGAACCCUCUAACACACUGCUCCAAUCCCGUUUUUCAAGAUGCUCACAGCUAGGUCUAGCUCCAUUUGUGCCCUAGCAGUAUUUUAAAAAUCCCCACAGUAUUUCACCAAAGUUGAAUGAUAGCUUUUACUUUGAAGAACUUGGUGGAAUAUAUAUGUAAAACAAUCUCGACCCAAUGAAUUCCUAGGUCAAAUCAAACUCAGCGACCAUGAGGCCACGCUAGGAGUGCAAUUGGCAACUGGCGUUGGCACGGCUGAUUUGCCUGCAGAUGCAUUCAUCCAGAAUAUUAACUUCUCCUAUGGGAUGCAACAGUUCACUGUAGGUGUGAAUUUGAAAUGUGGCCUUGAUUAAACCUUUGCAGCACGGGUCAGCAAAGGCAACAUUCAUUCUCUACAUUGAACAGAACUUAGCUGGGAACUAACAUUCGUCUGCAUAUCUUUUACAUAGUAGAUCUUUCUAUACUGCAACUCCCAUCUUCUCUGAGCUACUGGCAUUCUGGCUGGGGCUGAAGGGAGUUGGAGCCCACGUUGGCUACCCUUGAUCUAACCCAAAAAGGAAAGCUCAGUGUUUUUCCUAACGCUUACAGCCUGGUUUAUCCGAUAUGCUUUCGUGUAUACCAAGUGACAGUGAUUCUGGGAUAGUGUGGCCAACUGGCAGCUCGUGAGCUGCAUGCAAUUUUAUCUGCCCUCUGGAGAACCUGCUAGAGACGUGCCAGAAUGCCCCCCCCCCCGUUUCAGCUGGAAGAAGAAUGGGUGGGGUGGGGAGCAGGGAUUGCCUUUCUGCCUAGGCCUGCUUUCCUAUCAUGGGAUGCAAACGUUGCUUUUAUAAGCUCCUGCAUCACACCAGCCUACAUUCUGCAUAAUCGAAUGUCAACACUUCCACAGUCUACAGACAAACCUCACUCAUCAUUUCCUAAGAGAGAAAAGACCACACCCUCAGGAUCGGGCCCUCGGGUUUCCUUUUUCCUUGCUACUGAGAGUGGGAGCCAGCUUUGUCUUUCAUCUCCUUUUCAAAAAAAAAUGUACCACCAGCCUCCCUUUUUGAUCCACUCAUGUUCCUUUGUAAUCCAGCAUUUUGCAGUGGCGUUCUGUUGUUGUUGUUAAAUGAAGUGUGCACUGCAGAGUUUGGGAAGUGAGGGUGACUCACCCAGGAGUUAAGCUCGUCUAGCAGACGCUUGGCUGCCAGCGAGGGGGAAAGAGCCAAAGAGGCUGAGCCCAGUCAGCUUGAUUGGCAAGAUGAGCAGCUAGCUCAGUGCAACAGGAUUUACUGGAAUUUGAAAUCUGCCUGUGGUUUUAGCAGGCAAUUGAAAGCUUCCUUCCCUUGGAUUAAACGGGAGAUAAUCUCGGUAAAUAGCAUGACUCCACCAUGUGGGGCUGAAUCCAGACGCACACGCAUGACUAUAUCACCCAAGAUUCACCUCUGUGAAGGCAAACGGAUUCAGAGAUGGAGGGAAGAUGCUACACGUCCCUCUUCCUGCAAGGCAGUAUGAACCAGUAGACAUAGUGGCUUGUCUUAAGAGUGGAGGAGCAGUUCUGAAUGAGUUCCUAAAGAUGUUGUCUAGCACAAGCCUUGAGGCAAUUAAUGGCAAUCCUUAAUCAUCCCUGGCAUAUGCUCGUCCAGACUUUCCAUCAAAGCUGACAAUGACAGCAAUCACUCAACUCCUCUAAAUGAUGCAUUCAGUUGCCUGUUUGUUCUUCCCCACAGAAGCAGCCUUUCCUGAAUAUUCUACAGAAUAUCCAUGCAGCUGCAAAUUAAUCCGGAGGCUCUUUCCCCUUCUCUGUGUGGCAGUGAAUAACAUCUCUCUUUUAAUAAUCAUGCAAUCUACAUAUGCUCCAUUGUCGCUAUUUACUAGGGAAAGUACUGGUAGGGUGUUGGGGGGGGCAGCGGAGUUGCAUCUUUCCCUAGUAAAUUUAUGUUCUCUUCGGCCUUGGAUGGAUUUUGGGUGUGUGUGCCCUUUUAAAAAGCUAGUGAGUGUGUACAUUAUUAAAAUUCUGAUUCUUCAGGGUUCAGCCCCUCUCCCACAGAAUCUAGAAGCCAUAUAUCUUAGGAGGAACAAAAAAAUUAAUAUAAAACAACUGCUCAUGGCAUCUCCUCAGCAGGGCUGACCUUAGGAAUUUUGUAGCCUAAGGACAAAAUGGCGCCUCCCACAUCCCAUAUACGAAAGUCGAAGCAGCAGGCAGUUGACAAAUACUUCAGCAGGGGAGAUGAGACAGAGUUUGACCACUGCCCUUGAGGGCAGUAGACUAGCUUAACGAGUGCAAGCCUAGCCACGUGUUGGCCACAGCUCUGUCAAUGCUCCACCCACAGCAUCUGCUGCCUGAGGCAGUAGCCUUACUCUGCCAAAUGACAGGGCUGGCCCUGUCUCUCUCAGUUACAGGGUGGCUGUGUGUUCUUCCUCAUGGGGACAGUCCCCUUUUUAAAGGAGUACUAUAUUUGAAGGGCUGUCCCAUCCAAAUCCAAUUCAAAGAUAAAGAAGGGAGAGCAAGAUAGAACUGGACUGCAGACUGAGCAAGCACAUAGGCCACCCCUCACAGUCUUCACCUCUAUAGUGACAUAUAUUGUGUUUCUACUUAAAUUGUGGUGAUUAUUCCUAGCUUUGGACCUAUAUCAGUUCAUGCAAAUUUUAUGCAAGUAAGUGUCCUCUUUUUUGGUGAUGCAUUUUCCUUUUUUCCGUGAUGCACAGGUGGCCACCCUUCCUUAGCUGUAGGGUGAUCCUGGCUUCAAAACUUAAGUGUCCACAGUUGGGCCUGGUGAGCAUUUAAGAUCCCCAACCCUAAUCUGCAGUUUGUCAUCAGAUUGUAUUUUAUUCUGAUCCUGAUUUGAUUUUAGGAGGUAUUUUAAUUGAUUGCCUGAUUUUAUGUUAAUGUGUUAAACAUUUGAUGUUAGCCGCUAUGAGUCUGGUUUUGGCCGGGGAGGGUGGGGUAUAAAUUAUUAUUAUUACUACUGCUAUUAUUAUUAUUAUUAUUAUUAACAUACAGUGGUACCUCAGGUUAAGUACUUAAUUCGUUCCGGAGGUCCGUGCUUAACCUGAAACUGUUCCUAACCUGAAGCACUACUUUAGCUAAUGGGCCUCCCGCUGCUGCUGUGCCGCCAGAGCACAAUUUCUGUUCUCAUCCUGAAGCAAAGUUAUCAACCCAAGAUACUAUUUCUGGGUUAGCGGAGUCUGUAACCUGAAGCGUAUGCCCAAGGUACUAUUUCUGGGUUAGGGGAGUCUGUAACCUGAAGCAUAUGUAACCUGAAGCAUAUGUAACCCGAGGUACCACUGUACUAGCAGGGAUGGCCCACCCAUGAGACAAGGUGAGGCGACUGCCUCAGGUGGCAGGAUCCACAGGGACAACAUAUCUGGCCUCCAAGGAAUGCACUAUCUGCUACUGCUGCUGCUGCUGCUGCUGCUGCUGCAGUCGCAGUCACAGCAAUGGCUGCGGCACACUCCUUGGAGACCAGAUCUGACUCUUCCUCAGCAGCCCCCUCUUGCCACCUCUACAGCAACCUCUUGGCAAAUAAGGAGGCAUUGCUGGUCUCCUCCCACCCCUAGAGAAGCAAUGGUGGAGGCUGCCUUCUGGGGUGGAGCUGCACCCUCCUGGUGUGAUUUAGGGCAGGAACCUUUCCCAACCACAAUUGGCCUUUGAUUCCCACUUCAGCCAUCUGAUUUGACCCCCCCUCCCUUUGUUCCUGAUGCACUUCUUCCCUCACCCCUUCUUCCCAUUUUGCGGUUCGCCUCAGGUGCCAAAACGUAUUGGGCUGACCCUGCAUGCUAGCAAGCUGAAUGCUGACUCGGCCAUUAAUUUGUACCUCAUCCCCCACUCAUGCGCGAGAUGAGCUACAAGCCUUUAAGAAACAACUGUGUUCUGCAUGACCAUUCAUGCCUUUAUUUGUCUGUUCACCACCGUAUUAAUUUUAGAAAGGAAACAGUGCAAAAUUACUCUGGGGAUUGCUGGUGGGGGAGAGAUUUAUUGGUAACAUAAUAAUGUCGGGUGGGGGGAGGAAUCAGUGCAUUGCAUAGUUGGCUUUCUUGUAAAGUUGCAGAACUUUUUAAAAAAAUAAUAAUCAAGGAGUUUGACAGAGCAGAGGAAAGGAAAGACACAACUGGGCAGAAUGCCAAGAGAGUGUUGCUCUUGGGAAAAAAACAUUAUGUCUUCCUUCACCCUCAACAAAGGGUGUGAGUGGAGGAAGAUGAGUCUUGGCUUUUGCACACAAGAGGAAAUCAAAUUGCCCUUGGGCCCUGCUGUUCACCAGUCCCACCCCUCAUUUCUGAACCAGAUAACCCUGCAACAACUCUAAAUUAGUAUACGUAGUUGGUUCCAUUGUAAGAUUGAACAUCCUAAAAAGUAUUCUUAAGUUGUAUGUUGUUGUUGUUGUUGUUUUUAAAAAAACCACUUUAUGAUAGCUUUACUGGUUAACUUGUUUCAGAAGCGAACGCAAGACAGACUUCCGUGGAGUAAAUAAAAAUACAGUGGUACCUCGGGUUAAGAACUUAAUUCGUUCCGGAGGUCCGUUCUUAACCUGAAACUGUUCUUAACUCGAAGCACCACUUUAGCUAAUGGGGCCUCCCGCUGCCCCUGCACAAUUUCUGUUCUCAUCCUGAAGCAAAGUUCUUAACCCGAGGUACUAUUUCUGGGUUAGUGGAGUCUGUAACCUGAAGCGUCUGUAACCUGAAGCGUCUGUAACCUGAAGUGUCUGUAACCCGAGUUACCACUGUAGCAUAUAGAGAGGAGGAAAGGAAGCAGCCUUAUUCUGAGUAGGACAAUCGGGCCAUCUGUCUCAGGCCUGCAAUUGGCAAUGACUCCCCAGAGUUUCAGACAGAAGACUCUCCCAGUCCUACUUGGAUAUGGCGUGGAUUGGAACACUGAGCCAUGGGCCUUCCUCGAGGAAAAGACCAAGGAAGAGUACAAGAGACCAGCGGUGGCGGCAGUACAAAUCACAAAGCACCUAGUUUAACUGUCUCACCCGCCAUGAGGAGAAGGAGUCACUCUGGUCCUCAGUUCCCUCGCCCCACCUGCAAUAAAGCUGACUUAUCUUGCAGGGUUAUUGCAAGGAACAGCAACUCAGUAAUGCACAUGAAGUGCUUUGAACAUUUGAAAGUACCGUACAAGUAUUAAGCAUGCUCAUCCUAUAGGGCUGUCGUAAGGAUUGCAGAGAUAUUUAUGUGAAGCACUUUCCACAGUGGAAUGUGCUUCAUAAACACUGCUUUGAAGCAGUUCCUAAGAUUCACCUGCUGCUUUUGAGUUGCUGGGAUUUGUUUGGCUUCUUCCUCUUCUCUACCUGCCCCCCCUUCUCUGCAGAGAAGUUGCUUGGAGGGGGUUGUGAUGAGACAAGGGGGAACACUCAAGUCAGACUAGCGUUGCUGAUGCGUUAUGUGCGAUACAACUGCAUCAUCUUACAUCCGCACUCCAUUUCUUUUGUAGCAACAACGGUAUGGCGGACGAUUUUACUUGCCAAGUCAAGAAGAUGGCCUUGGCCAUGGGGGCAUCCCUGUCUGACAAGGAUAUUGACCUGCUGCCUUCAGAAAUGAGGCAUCAUGGUAAGGAACAGAUUAUGGGUGCAAGCCACGGUGCACAUCUGCAACAGAUGUUUAGAUUAGCUCAUCUGGAGCAACAAGCGCUCCUCAGUCCCUUACACUGACCUUCAAACACAUAACCCAAAGGUUGCAUACAGUCCCUCCCCGGAUUUUUCUGUGCCCCCCCCCAAUUAUUUCAAAAUAUAUAUACUGACUGUUCCCAUAGGCUACCCAAUGUGAUAGAUUUUUAAAAAUAUUGUGUGUGCCUAUACCUCUCUCGUAGGUACCUCACUAUGAUGCUGAAUGGCUUUUGUAACCCUCCAGAUCCCCAAAAUGUGUCUCUUUUAAUUGGCCACACCCACCUUUUCACUUCAGCCAUGCCCACCUUGACACAUGGUCCUCAGAGGUCAGUGCAGCCUUUGGCCUGAAAAAGAUAAGAAUAACACUCCUCACAAACCUGAACUCAAAGGGUGGCCAACGGAUUAAUGAGUAUACCAGGGGGUUAACUAAUCUACAAGAGAUCAUCAUUAGCAUGAACCAUAUUUCUAAAUAUAUGUAGAUCUUGGGUUCAGUGUCUACAGGUUAUUUUCCUUUUAUUUGCUCCUGGCUCAAGCUGCCACCCAAGAAAACUUGGGGCCCCAUUUUGGAGGUCUGGGUAGCUGUGCCUUGUAUGGGAAGUCAGAGCUUGCUCACCUCACUUCUGUAAAGUCCUUCAGCCCCCAAAAUCCACCUCACCGUAACAAAGCAGUUUUUGAAUUAAAAGCCACCCAAUCUGUUGCAGCUUCAUUCAACUACGCCAAGUUCUUUGAAUAUAUGCGGCAGUUUCUGACAUCAGACGACCGGGAGAUACACUUGCGAAAGGCCUUCCAAGUGCUUGACAAGGACGGGAGUGGAUUCAUUGAGUGGAAUGAAAUAAAGUAAGAAACCUCUGAUGUGAAGUGUUGUCAAGUGCCAGGAAGAGUCAACCUGGGACGACACCCAACAUUGGUCAAACCGAGAGUAUACUGAAAUCAAUGUGCUUAACUUUAUUGAUUUCAAAGGGUCUGCUCUGUGUAUGACAAGCAUUGGGUAUCACCCAUUCAUUCAUUCUUCUUACAACACAGAAGAAUUUCUACAUACACAUAAUUUUUGGAAGGUUAUUUAAUCUCUAUGGAUUACCUUUUUUCAGACUCGAAGCUAAAAAGGAUCUCAGGUAGCUGGGCUUGCCUGAGACCUUUAAGUGUUGGUUUGGGAACCAAAUGCCCCUCAGUUGCCAGGAUUAGGGCUGGGCAAUAUCUGGUUUUCGACAUUGUGAUCUAUCACCAGCUAAACAUCAAAAUAUACCAGUAUAUCACAAUGUGUGAAAUAGGGAUGGAGCUAUGUAGAGGCAUUGGUGGGCUGCACAGUUUUCCCCACAUUGUGAUUUUUGCAUAGCACAUGUGCACACACACACACACACACACACACACACACAUCGUGAUUUGUGAUAUAUUGCCAGGUCAAAAAUUAUGAAACCAAUAUCACAAUACAGGCUUCAAACCAAUUUUGAACGAUCUAUCGCCCAGCCUUAGCCAGGAUAGAUAUGCGAACUGAUGAGACCCAGCACUGAAAAAAUACAUAUUUGUGACCAAUGCUUUGCCAUAGGUUACACUCCUUUUGGCACACUUUUGGGUGUCAAAUUACCCUCCCUGUGGCAACCCACCUGCUGCUUGUCUGUCAUUUUUCUUGGACUCAAGAGGGCCAGUUCUGUUCAGAGAGAACUGGGAUACGUUACCCGGUCAAUCCUCACCCCAUGUGUUUCGAUGACAAAACGCAGGAGAGCCCUGUCUGAAAUCAUUAUUGCAGAAAACGUUUGGGCUCGCUACUCUUAUCAUCCUGGCAUGUCAGGCUGCACUGCCAAAACCCACUUCUAUCUAUAAUAAUGACAAACUCUGUUCUCUAUUGCACUUGAUAACCUUGGCUAAGACGAUUAAGACACAUCCUGCAUGCUUAACUAUAGGCAUCCAGGUCUGUCAGCAAUUCAGCUUCCCCCUCUCCCCCUUUCUUUUCUUGCUGCAAUCCUGUAUCCCAAAGCAGGAGAAAAGAGAUGUCCCAGAAGAGCAGAUGUCUCUGCUACAUGAGAUGUGGAAAAACAAGCCUACUGUAUAGCCUGGAACAGGAACAGGGAACCUGUGGCCGAACAACUGGUGUUGGGACAACAGCUCACAUCAUCCCUUACCAUUAGUUAUGGGGCUGAUGGAGCCCCAAGUUCCCCAUCCCUGAGCUAGAAUAUCUUGCAAAACAAGAAGCUCCAAUUCAUAGAACCUUAGAUUUGUAGCCCUGGAAGAGAUCCCAAGGGUUAUUUGGUCCAACCCCCUGCAAUGCAUUUGUGAUACUGGCUCUGCUACUGACUGAAGAGUAAUCGCAGAACCACAUGCUUCCACUCUCUGAGGCUCAGCUUUUCCCUCCUGCCCUUAGGUACAUCUUACAAACAGUGCCCAGCAAUAUGCCAGUGGUGCCCUUAUCAGAUGAAGAGGCUGAAGCCAUUAUCCAAGCAGCUGACACAGAUGGGGAUGGCCGGAUUGAUUUUGAAGGUGGGCAGAGAAUGUAUCAUGGCAGUGAUGGUAGCAUCUCUGGGGUAUACAGCACUGGGGGCUCAGAAGCAGAGGGCGCUUAGUCCUAUUUAGAACUGGAUGGGUCUACCUGCCCAGUUCCCUGUAUCCAAUACUGUAAGGGGAAAGGCAUGUAAGCCUAAGCAAAUGCAAAAUGUGGCAGAAGAGCUCCUGCUGAGAUUCAAUCACCACAUCUGGAGCUGAUCCGAAGGACAUCACUAGAACCAGGUACUCAGAAGAUAAUCGUGGCAAAGUUAUGUAAACUGCCAUGGAAUACUGUUGGGACAAGUGGCCCUGGAACAGGUGGGAAGUGAGAAGCCUAGAAAUAGGCAGUGUUCGUUUUGGAUUGCCUUUUGUUGAUUGUUGUGUAGUGUCUUGUUUUGUACUUGUUUUGUUUUUAAAACUAAUAAAGCAUUUUAAAAAAGAGUGUUAGAAAAGCCUAGACUGUGGCCACUUUUGAUGGGCACUUUGGUAAGCAAUAAAGGUCAAAUACAUUGCCUGUCUCCCAACCAUUACCCCCAAAUCCCCUAUGCUAGCCUUUUUACAUCUCCUAGGCUAGGGCUUACCCACACUUACCUUUUACCCUGCUCUUUCCAGGUCUGCGCUUUAGUGCUCAGUGUCAAUUCAGGUUUUCCAUGGAUUGAUAUUUGCUCCGAUUGAGCUUUAAAGAGCAGGUUUUUGCAGGGAAAGCUCCAGAGCAAAAAGAAAAAAAAAGGUAGGUGGGUGUGUGCUCAGACAUGGAGCUUUAAAUAGCAGACCAUGCCAGGAAGGAGAAGAAGAACAGUAAGCAGAGAUAAAUAAGCCCCUAGUUUGAGUUUCCCCUCAAGUGAUGCCUGCUCACCAACACUGAACUAGUUAAUCAAUCAAUUCAAUUUAUAUCCUGCCCUUUCUCCCAGAGGGGCCCAGGGCAUUAAUAAUAUUCAGCUGCUCAUGCAGUUGGACUCUGUCUGUAGAACUGGUGGUGGUCCCCAAAAUUUAUGAACUGGCUUAUUAAUACUUUUUUUUUUAAUGGGAAAGCAAAAAGUUAACGAAUAACUGCCUUAAAUGCAGCCCCCAUCUCAGACACUAAACCUACCUACUUCAUCUGCCUGUUUCUAUUGCAGAGUUUUCCGAUAUGGUCACAAAGGAAAAGGUUCCAAAGAAAAAGUAGAAAAGACCAAGAAGAACGGCCUCCCGUUUCCCUAUGCAAGAAUGCUGUGCUGGGGGUGGGAUGAUGGAACUUACCUGUCUAUGAUCAUGUUGCACUUUUUGAAAGAUCUCUCCUUAUUAUUAAUAUUUUUGCAGGAUGCAGUGGGUAGGUGCGUGGGGAAUCUGCAGCUUGCUGUCAGGGUGUGCUGAGAGAGGCCUCUCUCUCCAAACUGGAAAACCAGCCUGUUAGUCACAAAAUGCUACCCAGCCCUUGAAUAGGUUUCUUUCCAGGCCCAGGCUACCUGCCCCAGAGCGAUUAUAUCUCACCUGGCCCUGCAGUGGCAGACUCCAACUAUGGCGACGGAGCGAGACCAGCUCUCCAAACUCUUAAAGGGUGAUUAUGGUUAAGAGGCACGUGCUUCCUCCUUUGUCGCAAGCCAUCCUUUGGUCUGUGUUCAUCAAAUUUAGCUUUGGCCUAGCUGCUCCCCACUUUGCCUGGUAGUAGACUGACUGCUUUUGGUGGCGAAAGGAGAACGGUUUGCCUGCGUUUUUGGACAACAGGACUGAAAGUGAACUGGAAAUGCUUGCGCGUGUUUCACAGCCUGCCCAAAUUCUGACGCGAUAUUUUCUCUCCCCGGACCUUCCUGCUAGCUUUCCAGUUAGGAACCAUUAAGAGC